UGGCAGUGGGACGCGACGAAGGGAAGUAAGCAAGCAAGGAAGGAAAGGAACGAAGGGAAGGGAAGAAGUGUCGCUCAGGCUGAAAAAAAAGUUCCGAAACACGAACACAUUCCACGUUGAUUCGGUGUUGGGAUCAAAGGGGAAGCCGACGAGCGGUGGCGGGAAAAGGCAGGAGAAGGAUUACGACUUUUGAGCAAGAUUCCACAGGGGGAAUGUCGCGUCGCUCGCCCGAGGAGCUGGAAGCCAUUUGAGAAAAGCUGACCCGGAGCCAAGUUUGCCAUUCCAGGACAUCGGGCAAAGGGCGUCCAGGCUGCUCAGAAUGCGGCGCUGAGGACCAGGGGAGUGCUCCGACCGUCGUGCCGAGGAUGGGGAAGGAGCAGGACCUCCUGCAGGCUGUGAAGAGCGGCGACCUGCAGUCCGCUCAGAAGCUCCUGUCCAAGCUGAGGAGCAGCCGCAGCAAACUGUUGGGGUCCACAAAGAGACUCAACGUCAACUACCAGGACUCAGAUGGCUUCUCUGCGCUGCACCACGCCGCUCUUACGGGGACCGCCGAUCUGCUGGUGGCGCUGCUGGAAGCUCAGGCAUCUGUGGACGUCAAAGACAGCAACGGAAUGCGUCCUCUCCAUUACGCAGCAUGGCAGGGCAAAUCUGAGUCGGUCCUGAUGCUGCUGCGUUCAGGGGCGUCCGUCAACGGAGUCUCGCUAGACGGACACAUCCCCCUGCACCUGGCCGCCCAAUACGGACACUACCAAGUGUCGGAGAUGCUCCUGCAACACCAGUCCAACCCAUGUCUGGUCAACAAGGCUAAGAAGACCCCUUUGGACCUCGCCUGUGAGUUUGGAAGAGUCAAGGUGGCCCAGCUGCUGCUGAGCAGCAACAUGGUGGUGGCACUGUUGGAAGGCGAGAGGAAGGAACCCACCGACUCGGCCUUUACCACGCCGCUGCACCUCGCCGCUCGCAAUGGACACAAAGACAUAAUUGUGCUCCUGCUGAAGGCGGGCAUCGAUAUCAACACCACCACCAAGUCUGGCACCGCUCUGCACGAAGCUUCGCUGUACGGGAAGACCGAAGUUGUGCGGCUGCUCCUUGACGCUGGCGUGGAUGUGAACAUCAGAAACACGUACAACCAGACGGCGCUGGACAUCGUCAACCAGUUCACCACGUCCCACGCCAGCAGAGAAAUCAAACAGCUGCUCAGAGAUGCCACAGGUGUUCUGCAGGUACGAGCUUUGAAAGACUUCUGGAACCUUCACGACCCCACCGCCCUGAACAUCCGGGCCGGGGACGUGAUCACGGUGUUGGAGCAGCACGUGGACGGGCGCUGGAAAGGUCACAUCCACGACAGCCAGAGGGGGACGGACCGAGUAGGCUUCUUCCCGCCCUCCAUUGUGGAGGUCAUUAGCCGGCGAGGCGGGAGCACCCUGUCCCGGCACGCUUCACUACCCGCUCAGCGCCAGCAGCUGCUGUCCAGAGCCCCCCCGUCCAGCAGCUUCACGGCUGACCACUCCUACACGCUCUCCGCACCCCCCACCCACCUGGUUCUUCCGCUCAGCAACGGCUUGGCCGCAGGUGCGUCUCUGAGCCACCUGUCUCAAACCGGGUGUCCCUUCCAGGACAUCUGGGUCCUCAGGGACACGUGUCACGCAGGAGACAGGAACAGCGUGGGAAGCACCGGGAGCGUGGGCAGCACUCGCAGCGCGGGAAGCGGGCAGAGCACGGGCAGCAACAACGCUCCCAACGGCGUCCAGCACUCUGCUGGUCACCAUGACAACAGCAACAAGACAGCGCCCUCUGCUGGCUCAGACAAGCGGCACCUUCAUUCUGCAGAUGCCGCUCAGGUGUGUGACCCAUGUGCAGGUGGCACCCCCUGCAGGGCCACAGUGGCGGUGCAACAACCUGCUGAGCAGACCUUCACCCAGCCGUUUGUUCGCCCUCAGCAGCUGCUGGAUGGAAAGGAUGCCGAGGCCAUCUUGGAGUGGCUCAGGGAGUUCCAGUUGGAGCAGUACACGGGGAACUUCAUCAGUGCCGGCUACGACGUGCCCACCAUCAGCAGGAUGACGCCCGAGGACCUGACCGCCAUUGGUGUCACCAAACCUGGACAUCGCAAGAAGAUCUCCAUGGAGAUCAACAAGCUCAACAUUCCAGACUGGCUGCCAGAGUUUGUGCCAUCAGACCUUGGCGAGUGGCUGAGUGCCAUCGGCCUCCCUCAGUACCUGAAAAGACUUUGUGAAAACGGCUACGACAGCAUCAGCAUCGUCAAAGACCUGACGUGGGAAGACCUACAGGAGAUCGGCAUCACCAAGCUGGGUCACCAGAAGAAGCUGAUGCUGGCGGUGAAGAAGCUGUGUGACAUCCACAGGGCGGCCGCCCAAGGCACGUUGCGACGUAAAGCCCCCGGAACGCUACAGCUGCUCGCCAUCGAGCCACCGGAUGGCGGCGGGGAAUGCUCGUCCCCGCGCACCCCCAGGAUGUUGACCUUCCAGGACAGCGAGCUGAGUGCAGAGCUGCAGUCGGCCAUGUCGAGCCGCUACGCCGACUGCGAAGACGGCCCGGUCUUCAAGAACAAUGUGGGCUUGUCCGAGAGCCAGGACAGCAUGGACAUCAGAUCCAGAGGCUCUGGACGCUCCCAGGAAGCACCCACCGCCUCCGUCACCCCCCACAGCUGGUCCCAGGAGAGCCUGGACGGCAGCCCCGCCAGGGACAGGAACCUCCCUGAGGGCUGGGACCAGAGGUCCCUCCACAAGCAGGUUCCUCUGGGAACGGCCACCGUGUUCAAGUACCCCGCCGUCCCCGCCAAAUCCAAACUUUCCCGCUCCCACGGCUCGUCCCCUGGCGGAUCGCCAGCAUUGAAGGGUUUCAGCUACCUGCACUCGCACUGUGGAUCCACAGACCUCCGCACGUCGACCCAACCCGAGGACCACGGUCGGGCUCUGCUGCCUCCCAAGAAACGGACCCACAUGAACCGUCUCGCCCUUUCUGAUGGAGAACCUGACGAGGACGACGAUGAGCCGGCUCCUCCAUCGAGGAACGUUCCUUCCUACGCAACCUUGACCCGCAAGCCCGGACGCAGUCAGACCACCCGAAUACGGUCCGGUCCAGAGAAGAGCGCCAACGUGGGCCGCAGUCAGUCCUUUGCCGUCCGAGCCCGGAAAAAAGGUCCUCCUCCUCCACCUCCAAAGAGACUAAGCUCCGUGAGCAGCACCACCAGCGGCGAGCUGAGUGACAGCAGCACGACGUCGUCCGGUGGCGUCGUUACCGACAGUCCCGGAAGCGUGAGGAGCAUCGCCGCCGGUCUGGAAGGAAAUCCUCAGGCCAAGAACUCUCCGGAUUCCAAACACCAGCCCGUUCUGCAGGAGACGCUUCCCCCCGAGGACACGGAGAGCCCGGAGUUGAGGCACAGGCCGCAAAGCGAGCGCCUUCACGCACACGCCUGUCGCCGCGUUGACACAGACCGAGACCUAGAGCUCGGGUCGGAUGCGGACCGCGAAGAAUCCAAAGGUUGGUCGUCUCCUCACAAUAGUUCCAGCGAGUGCAUUCCCUUCGCCGAGGAAGGCAAUCUGACCAUCAAGCAGAGGCCCAAAGCUCCGGGACCCCCCAGAGCCGACGUCGUCCUAGAACCUCUGGACCAACCCUGCGCCAAGGACUCGGACGUCCCCGAGUUCAACCUCAAGGAGUCGGACACGGUCAAGCGUCGACACAAACCCAAAGACAAGGACGGAGACGCGCCGGCCGAGGUCCAGACUUUGUCCCAGGACCGGGAGGAGGACGUCUGCAUGAGGGCGGGCGAGGGCGGUCCCCACAAAGCAUUCCCCGUCAAACCUCAGCUGUCCCCAAAACCGCCGCUCGUCGCCCCAAAACCUGCACGCCAAAGUUUGCUGGCAGCACACAACGAUUCAUCAGCUGGACCAAAGUCUCCAAGCGUGAACGUCAGCGUGGUCCAAAGUCUGGCCUUCCCCUCGCCGCCCAACACGCCCCCGGCGGCGAGCCCUCAAAGCCCCGCCCUGUCCGCCGCCAAGGGUCAGGCCCUGGGGGUUCAGGCUGUGAGCCAGCAGAGACUAGAUGAGACCAGUACGUCUCUGGAAGCCGCCCUGAAGGCCGUGGAGAGAAAGUUGAUCCUGGACGAGAGCGACGGAGGCAACACGGUGAGGUCGGCAGGAACCAUCCUGGACGACAUCGGGAACAUGUUUGACGACCUGGCUGACCAGCUGGACGCCAUGUUGGACUGAUGGCGGGCCCGUCACAACAAAAGCUCAGGAAGUUUAAAAAAAGAUGUCACAGCAACACGUGGACCAUCUUCUGAUAUACAGUAUAUA